AUGCAGAGAUGGCACUGUUGCUCAACGGUCGAACUUGCCUGGACACACACGUUCAAUCUCACUCGAAGUGGAUCUCCCAAUCUAUUCUUCACAGAUUUUCGAGUUUUAGACUUCACGAAUCCAAAUCAACUGGGCUUCAGUGUGAGAAAUAAGACGAUUGCUGCGCUCGAGAUCAUUGCUCACUUGACUGGGUCAAAUUCUGUGAAAUCCUUGGAGCAUCGCGACCUCGGUUCAGACUGGCGUACCACACGCUUGAGAUUGACCUCGCUUUCGAUGACUAGCAACUUCGAGUUCGCCGCCUUCGUCGCACACAUCAACAAUGGCUUAUUUGCUAUUGUCGAGCAUGUCCGAACUCAGGACAGAGAUCAAGAAUAUGGUGGCCCUAAGUAA